CACUGAGAACAAUAACAAAAACAGAUCAGAAGUGUUCCUCACCCUCACAGGUUGUACAGAGGGUCAAUUCACCUGCUCGGAUGGGAGCUGUGUGAGCCUAGAACACGUCUGUAACUUGGUCAAUGACUGCCAAGACGCCACAGACGAGCUUCUGUGCACAGACCGCACCUUCCUUCCCAACACUUACAACAAGCGGUUUUCUCCGUCUCAAGGGACAAACGAGCAGACACUGGUCGGCCUCAAGAUAACUCUGGAGCAAGUGAACCACGUGGAACUCACUGAGAAUCUUCUGAAAGUUGUGCUCAGACUGGACGUUAUGUGGCGGAUCCUCGGGUUGUGUUCAAGUACCUUCAGAAGGAUGCAACAGUCAUAUUGCCCGAGGAGGCUGUGCAGGAGAUGUGGCUGCCGUGCAUUGACCUGGUCACCGCCGCGCCAGAAUACAAGAGCAGUGCUGACUUCCCCACCAUGAAGGAUAAGGUAGUGACCGCCACGGCUCGCACGGAAGGCUUCAGCACUGUCCUCGGCCACACUGAGGUCAAAGCUUUCCCCGGCGCCUUCACGGAUCUGCAGGCGGCUCGAGCCGACGAAAUAGCCUUCAUCUGCCCCCUCGACCUCUUCUUCUACCCAUUUGACGUGCAGGUGUGCAAGAUGCCCCUGCGGCUGACGGGCCCCGUGAACGACGCCACAUGGAACGCAACCCACAUGUCCACGGCCCUCGGCGACCACCUCACACUGACGCUCCUCUACGCCCACCAGUUCGCCGUCAGGCUACACCCCGACCAGGAGACGGCCGUGGUGGUGGUGAAGCUCGGGCGGAGGUACGAUGCUUACUUCAUCAACACCAUGCUGCCGUGCAUGCUACUGGAGGUGAUCGGUUUCCUCACGCACGCCUUCCCUAUCCAGGACUUCAGCAACCGGUGCACCGCCACGCUAUCCUGCCUCAUCGUGAAGGCCGCCUUCUUCCUACAAAUCAGCGGCACUCUCCCAAAGACCGCGGACCCCAAGCUGGUGGACGUAUGGAUGUUCGGUAACGUGUUCGUGCUGUCGCUAAUAUUCCUGGCGCACGUGGCUGUGCUUCACGUGCAGCGCCGCAGCGAGACAUCCAAGAACACACCCAAGGAGGGCUGCGUGGCCUGGGACGAAGAGGUUACUCAGCAAGGAAAUGGAUACCGCCUAGCGCGCUUUGUAAACCUGGUGGGGUUGGCCACGUCCAUGCUGGUGUGCAUCAUGCUGCUGUCCGGCAUCGGCGUGGCGGCGGCCAGGGGGAAGAUGGCUGCGUUGCUGCUCUAACCGUGUCCCCGUGAUCUCUUCCUGCUGUAAGAGUGUACCUGAUGGCGCGACAUGGUCAUAGGUUCCAUUAAUAUCGGCCUCGAGUGUCUUAGUGAUGACAUUCGUAGCACCUGGCUGACCACGUUCAGAUGAAAAGACGUGACGUGACGGGAGCAUGAGAGAAAGAAGCGUAGUGUGUAAAGAUUGAGUCUUAUUCGUAGGUAAUGUGCUCACCGAGUCACUGUCUUCUUUGGUGUUCUCUCAUGUGUGAGCUGCCUUGCUCUAGUUAUGGCGUGUAAUAUUAUGAAGGUUACCACACGCCAGUAUCGUAAGUUAUGUCAAACAGGAAUUACUCAAUGUGUUGCUUCAAUAAAGAGUUUCCUGUGCACACGUGAAGUCUGGUGUUUGGAGAUCCUUAGACGUCAUGUGAGGGUUGUAGUGUUCCACCAGCCACACGCCCACCGCCACCCAGCUGCCCAAGGAAGUCCUGGCAAUGUCGUCCUUCAUUCCAACCGUACCAAA